AUGAAAGCAACGCAGGUACUCAAUUUUCAAGCAACUGCUAAUGCUGCUUUGAGGAGACCGUGGAAAACGUUCCGGGAUGGAACUUUGUACUACGGCCAGUUGAAAUCUGGAUCCAAAAGACAUCCAUUAACUACAAAACAAGGUAACAAGCAUUACUACAAAGGUACUCGCUCGACAGGUAUAGGCCACUUAGAUAGUCGUGGGAGAUAUCACAUAGACUGGAGCAAGGUCAGGACAUACGUAGUUCCCAGUGGACUAAAUACUACGAAUUUGAAGGCAUUGGUCUCACCUAACUCACCUCAAUUUAUUCAAAAAGUGGAAGGGUACGAAGAUAGCUUCAAAAGCCCUGAGCUAGCUCUACACAAUGCUAUCAACUUUAUCGAAAAUGGCUCCAAUUAUAGUGAGGUUGAUUUAGAAAAGGAAGGAUAUAUAGAAAGGAUUGCACAUCCUAAAUUAAAAACAGCUGGCGAAGGUAAAGGAGAGGCUGAUGAACAACGCCAAUCUUAG